CGAGUGAGCUUGGAUAAGAUAGUGCGAGACUUAGUUGAGUUUGGUAAGACAGUGUGAGAAGAUGAACACUGUGAAGUUGAGACCAGAGCUUCACGUUCCAAUUUCUUCUUCAAACCCUCCACUGUGUGUCAAACCCAUCAAAUUUCUGGUACUAUCGUCGCACGCCAAAACCUUAAAGCAUCCACCAUCGAAAUUCGCACUGAGUCUGAGAGAAAACAGAGGAAGCGAAGAGCAUAGUCGGAGGGUGGUUGUACUGAAAGAUGAGAAGGGUAUUUCGAAUUCCAGUGUUGUGAUAAUGGGAGCGGUGUGCGUGGGGAUUUUGGCGGUGAUUCUGACGGAGGAGAAGGCCUUGGCAUUGGGCCCUGAAGGCCCACUGGUGGAAGAGUUUUGGGACAACGUAAGGAGAUAUGGGCUCUACGCUCUCACCGUCAGCACAGGUGCUCUUUACACCAUCUUCCGCCCCAUACUCGACCUUCUCAGGAAUCCCGUUUCCGCCAUUUUCAUUCUUGCUCUUUUCGGGGGUUCCCUCUACCUUAUGUCGCAAGUCCUCUCUGCUAUGGUUGGUGUCUCUGAAUUUUCUUACGAUUAUGGAUACUAAGACCUCCCAUUGUAUCAUCAUCAUUAUCCUUAUAUUAUAACAUCAUGCGUUUUAAAUGUCUAGAUUUUGUUAUUUAGUUUUUGUUUCAACCGAUUAAUGUUCGGACAGCUCGGUUUGAACCAAAGGGAUUCCCAUAGCAACAACAUAAUGUGAUUAUUCGGUUGAACCAAUUAAAAGAUGACCAUUUAAUGUUGUUUUCAAAAUACAGUAGCUCAAUCAACUACUAGUCUAGCUUUCUGUAUGUACCAUUUGUAAAGAAAAAAUAAAAUAAAACUUUUCUGUA